AUGGAGAAGGCUGGCUCCAUAGCAGGAUCGAUCCGGACUGAGUUCCUCAAUAAUCCUUUCGACACGCCAGACAACAGGUCAUCCGUGGGGAGGCCAUUGUCGAUACGAUCUGUAUCUUCUUCAAGAUUCUCGCAGUCUGGCACCAGGCCCCGAAAGCAACGGAAAUUCAAGUCGGCUCGCCUCAUCGGCCCCUAUGAGAAGCCAUGGCUCGCACGGAGUACUCCUCGGAAAAAGUGGGAUAUGAUUAUCGUCUUCGGCAUCAGCUUCCUCGGGUUGUUACUCGCAGGGUAUAUCAUUUAUACAGGCUGGGCAUCCGUCGACAACCCAGACUACUGUUUGGUAUUCACUGACGACUUUUCCGGCGGGAUUAGUUCUGAUAAUUGGUCGUUUGAGCAAGAGCUUGGCGGCUUCGGCGCGGAGUCGUUUGACUGGACGACCAACGACACCAAAAAUAUCUACACAGAUUCAAAUGGAUUGCACAUUGUGCCUACCCUGACUACUGAAGUCACUGACAUUACCGAGGCCCAGCUGACAGACGGUUACACUCUCAACCUUACUGCGCUGGGAACGUGUACUAGCACCGAUGCCAAAGACUGCGUGAUAACUAGCAACUCGACCAAGGGUACUGUCAUCAAUCCCGUUCGAAGUGGCAGGAUCAACACCAAAGGCAAGCAUAACAUACGUUACGGAAAGGUUGAAGUUGUUGCAAAACUUCCAAAAGGUGAUUGGAUCUGGCCCGCGAUUUGGAUGAUGCCAGAGGACAGCGUCUACGGUGAAUGGCCCCGAAGCGGAGAAAUUGACAUCAUGGAGUCUAGAGGCAACGCUCGUGGCUACAGUGGUGGUCGUGAUGAAGUAUCCGGAACCCUUCACUGGGGCCCUGAUACUGGAGAAGACGGUUAUUGGAGGACAUCAAAUACUCGUCAAAUCAAGCAUGGCGACUAUUCAGAUGACUUCCACAUUUAUGGAAUGGAGUGGAGCGAUAGCUACCUCUACACUUAUGUUGACAACCGCCUAUUGCAAUCGCUCUAUGUGCCUUUCGGCUCCUCCUGGGGCAGCCUAUUUAACCGCGGUCACUUUGAAUACACAGGGGCAAAUCUUUGGGCUACCUCCAACUCAUCGACACUAAACGCUCCUUUCGACCAAUCGUUCUACCUCAUUUUGAAUGUGGCUGUCGGAUCCACUUCUGGUUUCUUCAGUGAUGGCGAAGGAGAGAAGCCGUGGAGCGAUUCCUCGACCAAAGCCACGCAGCAGUUCUGGAGUGCCAAAGACAUCUGGCUUCCCACAUGGGGCGACGGUGAUCAGAAGGGAAUGUCAAUCAAGAGUGUCAAGAUGUGGAGGCGGGGAGCAUGUGGGUCUACCUAA